AUGGUUGACCAUAGGAGGAACGUGCCGGCUGAUGACAACGAGGAGCUGACUGCAACCGAAGUCAAGAGACUCCGGACCAGAGAGCGAGCACAACAAUACGACGACGAGAGUUGUAACCCUGGGACUUUCACACCGCCUAACGUGAUACUUUCCGCAAACCAGAAGGCAGCCGUUCGCGACCAUGUCGGACAAUAUGGUUUUCCUCCAGGACGCUACAUUGACAUCGACACCACCAUGCUUGGGUUGUCGGGCGUUGGACAGGAUUGUCUUCACGUGAGGUUGAAUCAAGACGCCUGGUGGACUGGCUACGAUCCUUUUCAAGAUCAGUCUGUCAACUUGCUCACAAAAAUUGAGGGCGUCCGUGUAUGUUUCAAUGGCUGGACAGAGCGCCCAAGUAUUGAACACACCCUGGAGAAUUGCUCGGUGGGCAGGAAUUGUCACCUACGAAAAGCCCGGCACUGCGAAGUUUGGAUCAUGACUUAUGAUGUAGCCGACAGAAAGAGCUCCGAAGCCUUGCGCGUAUACCACGACAACUUUCUUCUCGAGAGGAGGCUGGAAAGAGACGUCGGUGGCUGCAAAGGCUGCUACGAUCGGGCAUGUCCUCCUCGGCCUCCAUUCCGUGGACUGUUCUUCGUUAUUGCCAACAAGGUUGAUCUUCCGAAACCGGAGUGGAAGACGUCAAUAGAGGAAGGACAGGGAUUCUGUGCCUCCAUCGGCGCCAUCUUUAUGCCAAUGUCAGCAAAGACUGGAGAAGGCAGUGGGACAGAGGCCCUUUCGGAAAUGGCCUAUCAUGUGCUUUGGAGACGUGUGCAAUAUGGGACCAUGCUCGAAGCCAUAGUGGCUUCGCAUACUAAGGAACCUGCUGCACAAUUUACUACGGCUCAAACUGGGCGGCUGUGUACAUGGUUUGCCAGAGCAAGUCGCCAGCCGACAGAUGGAAGCCUUGAGUCCGAGAGCAAAAAGUCGUCGGUCGAGGAACAGACGCAGUUGCCUCCGCUUCGGCGUCGGGCACGCGGAAAUCCAAACUUUCUGUACCGAUAUUGA